UUGCUUUUUCCUUCUUGACCAAGCCGAGUAACAGUUUGGGUCUGAACCUUCCUCGCUUCCAGCCAUGGCUACAAGCUAUUACCAGAGCUCAUCUGCUUCCUAUGGUGGCCGUUUGGGAGGUGGGAGUGGCGGCUCCAGCCGCAUGUCCUCUGUCCGAGUGGGAUCUCCCAGCCUUGGGGGAGCUGGUGGACGCAUGUCUGCCUCUUCUGCUAGGUUCGUAUCUUCUGGAUCAGAAGGAGGUUAUGGAUGUGGUGGUGGCUUUGGCGGCGGUUCCUAUGGCAAUGCCCUUGUUUCUGGUGGAGGUGGUGGCUAUGGUAGUUGUUUUGGUGGAGGCCUUGGAGGUGGUUAUGCCGGAGGCUAUGGUGGUGGCUUUGGUGGUGGUUUUGACUUCCUGGCCGGUGGCGGAGGUGGAGAUGCCCUUCUCACUGGAAACGAGAAGGUCACCAUGCAGAAUCUCAAUGACCGCCUGGCUAACUACCUGGACAAGGUGCGGGCUCUGGAAGAAGCCAACACCGAACUGGAGAUCAAGAUCCGAGACUGGCAUCAGAAACAGGCCCCUACCAGCCCAGCCAGGGAUUACAGCCACUACUACAAGACUAUUGAGGACCUUCGAGACAAGAUUCUUCAAGCCACAACUGACAACUCAAGGGUUGUCUUGGAGAUUGACAACGCCAGGCUGGCUGCUGAUGACUUCAGACUGAAAUAUGAGAAUGAGCUGCACCUCCGCCAGAGUGUUGAGGCAGACAUCAAUGGUCUGCGCAGAGUCUUGGAUGAGCUGACUCUGUCCAAAUCUGAUAUGGAGAUGCAGAUCGAAGGGCUGAAGGAAGACCUGGCCUACCUCAACAAGAACCACGAGGAGUUGCUGAAAGAAUACGGCGGUCAGCUGACCGGAAGUGUCAGUGUUGAGAUGGAUGCCGCGCCUGGAAUCGACCUCACCAAGGUUUUGACAGACAUGAGAGAACAAUAUGAACAACUGGCUGACAAGAACCGCAGAGACUGUGAGGCCUGGUUCUUUGCCAAGACUGAAGAACUAAACCGUGAAGUCGCCACCAACACAGAACAGAUACAGACAAGCAAGAGUGAGAUUUCAGAACUAAGGCGUACCAUACAGAGUUUGGAGAUUGAGUUACAGUCACAGCUUAGCAUGAAAGCUGGCUUGGAAUCCAACUUGGCAGAGACAGAAGGCCGGUAUUGCGCUCAGCUGGCUCAAAUACAGAACAUGAUCACCGGCGUGGAGGAGCAGCUGGCAGACCUGCGGAAUGACAUGGAGCGCCAGAACCACGAGUACAAGAUGCUCAUGGAUAUCAAGACGAGGCUGGAGCAGGAGAUCGCCACCUAUCGCAACCUGUUGGAGGGCCAAGACGCCAAAAUCCCCGGAUGGUCUCCAAAAGACGCAUCCCAUGGUGGGGGUAGCAACGUCUCCUACGGCAGCUCUACUAGUUAUAGCAGUGGUGGCGGCGGCAGCAGCAGCAAAGCACGUGCAGGCAGUGAAGAAAGGAGAUACUGA